GAUUACUGACAUUUUACAUAAUAAAUGGUCUCGUCAAUCUGCCUCUAGAAAAGCAAAGAAAUGUUAUGGCUAGCAAUCCACCUUAAUGCAAUUUAGGCUUAUUGGAGCAUGUAGGUCUCUUUUCUCAGACGUACGUCAGCUCCAAUAAUUAACAAAGGAACCAUGUGUACUGAGGCCCAGCAAAGAAGCUUUCUGUCCAAGUGCAUCUAGGUGUUCAAUAAGACGUCAACUUUUUUUUUCAAACUGAACCUAUUCAAUUGGACUUAAUUUUAUGGAACGGAGAAACGGCUUCUUCUGAAAGAUCGAUUGUGCGUCGACGCCUAGUGGCAACGACGAUUUCUCGCCAAUUCAAGACAGUUUGUUAUUGGAGAUAAGGACAUAGACUACGAGAACGAGGAUGAUGUGGAAGAUUUCUUUGAUCAUCACAUUAACUGUGAUCAUCCUCAACACGCAACGCGUCACCAGUGACGAGCAUGCGGAAUACACGUCAGAUGGAUUUAGACCUGGACGGGAUGUCCUAGAUAUCCACUCUAGCAGUUAUGGCAUCGCUUACGUUCAGUUCAACUUCGAUCAAGAAAAGACUGUCCUAGUUUGGAUACAAACUGAAGAGUGUGUCGGGUGCAAGUUACUACCUAUUGCCUAUUUAUCGAGGAAAACGGAGAAAGAAAAAACAGUUGCUUUGAUCGACACAUCAUGGGCGACUAGUAUCAAAGUAACUACAGCCACUGCGACUUAUCCAUCGAUAAAUAACACGUAUUGCGAGUUGAGGCAUCAUUUUGGACUCAUUGGAGAAUAUAAUUUGACCAUACCAGCCACCAUACACAACACGACUGCAGAAUGCACUUUAGUAAUAUUGAAGAAACCAUUUUAUGAAAAUACAGCUGUACUCCUUGGUUAUACAGUGGGCGCCGUUUGGAUCUUAGGGGCUUUAAUAUGGUAUUAUUGUAUAAAAAGGCAUUGUCUUGGGAAGAAGUCAACUCAAUGCAAUGGGAAUGGGCAUGUGCCACACGACCAAACCCCUCUGGCGCCAGUAAAUGAUAUGAAGGAGAGCUCCACUUCACUUCGACUCAAGUCCGUUGAUACUUUCAGAGGGUUUGCCCUUUUCAAUAUAGCACAAGGGAUAGCAGGAGAUGGACACUAUUGGUUUAUUUCUCAUUCUAGAUAUUAUGGUAUAACUGUGGCGGAUUUCAUAUUUCCAUGGUUUGUUUUCGUCAUGGGAACUUCAAUCCAUCUCGCGUUCAACAACCUCCUCUCCAAAGGCCGAAGUUACCGCUCAAUCUUCAAGAAACUGGUUGUGCGAAGCAUCACACUUUUCUUCCUUGGGGUCUGUUUUCAGCCUCAUAAUGAUUUACGUACUCUUCGCAUCCCUGGAGUCCUCCAACGUUUUGGUAUCUCAUAUUUCGUAGUUGCUUCUUCAUAUCUUGUCUCUAGACGUCUUCUAGCCAGAAGGAAGGAAAGAACGGGUAAAUGGUAUAUGAUGUUCCGUGACGUCACUGACUAUCUUGAGCUACCUCUGGCUGUCUGUCUCAUUACUAUUCAUCUGCUUCUGACGUUUUUAUUACCAGUUCCCGGAUGUCCACUAGGUUAUCAAGGGCCUGGUGGUCCUCUUCUCGGAGAGAACGGUGAGCUAACGAACUGUACCGGGGGAGCUGCGGGUUACAUCGACCGUAUGUUCUUCACGGAAGCCCACAUGAUAACAUAUUCGAAGAGCGCUAAGAUAUAUCGAUCUACCGUACCCGUUGACCCGGAAGGAAUUCUUGGUACUUUUACCUGCAUCACACUUUGUAUCUUCGGUUUACAGGCGGGUAAGAUUCUGCAUCUCUUUUCCAGCGCGAAAGGGCGCAUCAUCAGACUUCUCAUCUGGGGUAUGGCACUGAUUACCUGCAGCGCCGUACUAAGUAAAUGUCAUUUGGCUGAUGGAUGGAUACCUAUCAACAAAACCCUGUGGUCUGUUUCCUAUAUCGCCCUCACCGGUGGACUCGCAUUCGUGGCUGAAGCCCUUCUUCAUUUUCUCAUUGACGUCACUCACUUUUGGAGCGGAUCGCCAAUAAUCUACAUGGGUAUGAACUCUAUCCUGCUAUAUCUCGGUGUUGGAGUGUUGAAAGACUAUCUUCCAUUUACCUGGCAUCCUUUCUAUGAUAACCAUAGCGAGAGUGCUAUUAUGAGUGUGUGGUCAGCAUUCUUUUGGCUCUUCAUAGCUUACGUCCUUUAUCGCAAGAAAAUAUUUCUACGGCUGUGACAAUCUUUUUUUUUCUGUUAAGAAGGUGUUCUCAUAAAAAAUAAUAUUAACACAAUAUGUCAUUAAACCGCCUCUUCAUACUUAUUCUCAUUCAAAACUAUUCAUGGAUAUUCAUGGACAUGUUUUCAUAUCAAGAACUUUUUAUACUGGUGUUUUCAUAAAAAACUAAAAAUAUCCUCAGUAGAAACUUUUUUAUAGAAGUGUUCUCAUUAGAAACCUUUUCAUAAAUAUUUUAUUAUAUUAUGAGUACAAUCUGUUUAAGUCAAUUUUUUGUGACCACAGAGUUCUGUUCAACAUAGGUUACAUUCGACUAGGAAGAUGUUAUUAACAUAUAUUUGCAUAUUCUACUUCUACUGACAGUAAAGACACUGUUUAUUUUUUUAUAACGCUGUUUAAUGCUAUGAAUUUUAUGGAGGUAGUUAUUUAAUCAGCCAUAUUUAAUUAAUUGAGAACUGAAUAUUAGAAAUCAAACUUUGUUGUUUAAGAUUUUAAACGAAUGUUUAAACUGUUUCAUAAAGUUCAUAAAGUGAAUAGCGUUGUAUACAAAAUUAAAAAACAACGUUUUUAUUGUGUAUGUCGACUCCUAAUAGACUAGCUCAUAGGCAUACUCUGCAGUAUCUUGUAUUGUACAAAUUGACAGCUCGUUCAUGGUGUAUAUAGAGUGCAUAAAGCAUCUAAUACUUUCAUUAACAAUAUACAAAGUAAGUGAUUAGUAGAUGUUAAAUAAAGUAGUUGCUGUUCUUAUUGUUGUUGUUUUUUUCAAGAUAGAAAUGGCGUUUCCAUCUGUGAGAUGAUUUACGCUAGCCGACGUUAGAGGGCGUAUUUUCAAGUCGUCUCGUUUCGCUUCCUGGUCGCUCAUUAAUGAUUCAUUUUUCCACCAGGUCAUGUGCUCAAAUGAGAAUGGAUAAAUAACCCAAAAUAUGUGUUGAUAAUAUUACUAUUCAUACCUUUGUCAUUAAUAUAUUCAUCGAAAAUGUUUCAUUUCCUGAGAAAAUCAACAUAUUUUUUUAAUAUAGAGGUUGCCAUGCAAACUUUUUUAAUCAAUAUAUCAUAGAAAUUACAACCAUGUUGAUUGUUUCGCUCAUCAAAAAUUUUGUUAAUCUAUUAAUUUUAUCAUGUUUUUUAUGUUUCCUUUGUUAAUUUGUUAUUUUUUAAGUUGUACACAUCAAUGAAUGAAAUAAAAUGGAAUGAAAAAGAGGUUUAAUGAUUACGAUGAAUAAGAACUAUUAACUUUAUUUUAUAUUUUUUUAAGAAAGAAAGAAAGAAAGGAAGGAAAUUUUGUAGAAUUUGUAUAGACUGGACUUAACUCGAAGGACAUUAUAAACAUUGUCUCAUAUCCAUGGUUCCUUUGAUUCAUGCUGAAUUUUGCUUUCUUUUUUUAAAUAGAAAUUAUAAGAUCCCUUCAGAAUUUGGUCGAUUGUUAGAGAGCAAUGUGAUUCUCGAGUAUUAUAUCGAAAGUAAUCAAGUUUUAAAAGUGGCAAAAAGAAGCUGCUGAAAACUGCUUAUCUAAUAAAAGAGAGCCAAUUGAGAAAAUUAGAAAGUCAUUUUGCCUCCGACGAAGAUUCUGCUAGGAUCGAAAGCUUAGGCCCAUUUUUGACUUUCUAAGUUUUAAAAGUUAUACAUUAGGAAUGUUUUGAAACAAGCACUGUCCGCCGCUUACAGGUGGACGCAAAGGCGGCGGAAGCGGGGGGGGGGGGGACGGCGGUCCUGUCCCCCCUAAAUUUGAGGUUGGGGGGGGUGACGGUCUCCCUAAAUUUUUUGUUGAUAACCUUUUUUUUUUUGCUUGUCAAUUUUGUUUCCUGCGUCCCCCCCCCCCCCUAAAUUCAGGUGGACCCCCCUAGAAUUUGUGUGGUCCCCCCUAAAGUUUAGGUUGAUUACCUUUUUUAUUUAUUCAUUUUUUUGUUCUUGUCAAUUUUUUUACCUGCGUCCGUCCCCAAAUUUUAGGUGGACCCCCCCCCCUAAUUUUUUUGGCUUCCGCCGCCAAUGGGUGGACGGAAGGGGGGGGGAUUACGACAGAGCGUCCACACCUCUCCCGGUCUCAGGGGGACGAGUCGUGGCUGACUGCCGUACGUGGCGAAUUUCGCCCGUGCGCACUAAUGACAAAAGCAGCUGCGCCCAUCGGAUUACGACGAGCCAAGGGCGCCUAUCCUUCCCAGAACCCUGGAAAAAGAAAGCGGGAGGCAGAGAGAAUGUUUAUCUCGUGUUUAGACUAUAAGUUUUUUCCGGGGGAUGUCCCGCUUACCAUGAAAUCCACUUGGGGAUGUCCCAGUAAAGCCAGGGUUACACCAAAACCGAAUUCUCCGAAUAAAUUCGGAUCGAUUCUAGCCAAAUUUGGCCCAAUUCAGAUGGUUUCGUUGGAUUCGAAUGUUCCCAAAUCUUGAAUUUUCACGGAGGGAGAACAGGUUCUCCCGAAACCACCCGGAUACGUGUAUUCGGAUGGAUUCGCUGCUGAUUCGGUUCCGGUGUAACCCGGCCUUAAGCGGGAGAUAGUCUGAAGACGGUGUAUACAAUCGAAAUUCUUCCUCCAUACUCAUGAUCGUGUCUGCAUGUGGUCACCCUAAUAAGUGGUUCAAUAUUUAUGAUUUAUAGGCCUAUGUAAUAUUAAGAGUUGCGAAUGCAAACCUUCUUAGAUUGAAUUUUAUUAAAUAAAAAGUAUUUUUUUAUUUGAAAAAA